CUGGAAGUUUGAGCUCGGCCUAAUCGGCGCACUCUGGAAAAGUCGGGCUCCGGUCAGAAGGAAAAAAUCACCGUGCAGUUCUUGUCGUGUUAUGGAACUGGACAAAAUGGACGAAAACGACUGGAAAUACCACGGAGAAGGAAACAAGAGCAUCGUUGUUUCUCACGUCCAGCACUCCAGAGUCCUUCGUCUCUUGAAGUAUCCGUCUGAAGACGCAGAAAAUGCGCAUCAGACAACAGAACAAGCUUUCCAGCACAUACUGAACAUAGUGGAUUAUAACAGAAACGUCAUGAAGCCCUUGCUGGGGGAGAAAUACGUACACAGUGGAGAAGUUGUCAAACUCCCACUGGACUUUGUGAGGCAGCUGUCCUUAAAAGUCCAGCAAGAACGGCCAGAACUGCGGUGUGACAAAGUGAUGGACACUUUCAGCGGAUGUGGCCUGUGCCUUCCCAACCUCACCCACCUCUCGCCCUGCCACUUUGGAGACCACCGACCUCCUCUGUGUGUGGAAAUUAAGCCAAAAUGUGGUUUUCUACCCUUUUCAAGACAUGUUACCAAGGAGUGCAAGCGAAAAGUGUGCAGAUUUUGUAUGCAUCAGCAAUUUAAGUUAGCCAAUGGGAAGUGGAACAGACUGAGCAGGUAUUGCCCCUUGGAUCUCUUCUCAGGGAGCAAACAACGAAUGUAUGUCGCAAUCAAGCACUUACUAGAAGAACCACAAAACAACUUGAAAAUUUUUAAGGGUGGAGAAUUGAUAUACUGCUGUAAAGAUGAUGCUAAGCAACAGCCAGACCUGAAUGACCUAGUACAGCACCUGUGGCCCUACUUUCACCAUAGCAACGGCCUCUACAACGGCCACCAGUCCAGUAAAGCGGUCUUCAAUGAGUUCAUCCAGGUGAUCUGCAGCGCCCUGCUCAGCAGCGGAGACUCCAAUCGCUCGGGGGAACCUAGGAAGGUGCAGCUUGCCGAGAGCAGACCGCUGUGUGAAGCCAGUCCACUCCACAGAGAACUACUACGUAACGGCAGUCAUGGUCUCCCCAAAGACUGUGUCCUUGCAAAAAUCCUUCAGGUUCAGACGUUGGACAAUCUGGACAUUGAAGGUGUCUACCCGUUGUACAAGAGAGUGGAGCAGUAUCUGGAGGAGUUCCCUAAAGAGAGGAACAGACUACAAAUAGACGGCCCUUAUGAUGAAAGUUUCCUGGAAAAGGUGAAGACUUGUCCCUCUGAAGAUGAUGGAUCUAUAGAAUAUGCAGUUGGAAAGGUUCUCCAGUACAGAGUGGCAAUGACUGCCAAGGACUGCUCAAUCAUGAUCACGUUUGCGCCGUGUGGCGAAGACGAAAAACUACAACCUAAUUUGGAGAUUCAGCCUCCGAAGCCCCGCUUCACGUACUCCGUCUCCAUCCUGGAUUUGGACCCCAAACCUUACGACAGUAUCCCGCACCAGUACAAGCUGGACUCCAAAAUAGUCAACUACUACCUGCGGAGCACAAACAGCGCGCAGGACCUGCCUACCUCAAACCUGUACAAGGACCGGCAGGACUGCACGCUGCUCUUUCAUGCCGUAUGAAAACCUCUCUCCUCUCUUCACUACUCCAGAGUGCUGCUUUUGAUGUGAACAAUGGGAAAACAUGCAAAAACUGAAGAUUGAAGCGCAUCGCUAUAUAUAUUUCUUUCAGUCCUCCCCAUUUUACCAUGUGUGCCA